AUGGACUCCCCUGAACCCUGGUUGACGGCCGAGCUGACGUGCAUACGCCGAUUCUGUCUGAAGGGCAAAGCACGUUUGUGUCGCCAGCUGACCGAACUUCUGCAGACCUGCUGGGCAUAUGAUUGGCUGCUAGGCGCGGCUCAACCCCCGGAGGGCAUUCGCGCCAACUUCUACGAACGGGUCACUUUACAACGGUUCGCAUUCUGCCUUGGCCUCGUGCGGUAUGCCCACCUGGCCAGAACCCUAGAGGCCGUACCAGUAACAACGCCCCUCAGCGUCGCUCCCGCUUCGUAG